GUCAGGCUAAAACAAUCUGUCACCAGAUAAUGAAUGCUGAACAGAAGCAGGCUGUGAUUAAUGAGAACCGUAUCAAAGCUUUGGAGAAGAUCAGACAACGGCAGCAGCUAGUGAAACAGGCUGUGUCUGGCGUCGGAGAAAGCAACUGUGAAAGGCAAGGCGGUUCCUUGAAAAAUACGGCUGAAAUAAACCCAAGGCCGGCAGCGGAAUUGAAACGAGCUAAACUGACUCUGACUCCGGAGCAGCAGCAGCUGAUCGAGAAAAAUCGACAAAAGGCUCUAGAAAGACUUCGAAUGAAGCAAGGUGUGGCAUCUGGUGCUUUGAGAGAUGCUUCUCAAGCAUCAUUAAAACAGUACCAGCCUGCAGUACCUGGUGCAGUCAAUGAUGGAGGCCCAGGAAUAGGAGCUGGUUCUUUGGCAACUAAUCCCGCAGCUAACAAAGUUUCUUCAAAUUACAUUAGGCCUUCGGUUCACAAAGCGGACUACAUAGAGUAUGAUUUCUCUACAAUGCAAGAUACUUUUGGUGGGUUUGUAUCGAACAAGAAAGUGGAUAAAAAUGGGAACCCUAUUGAGAUGACUUUAACGGACUGGAAAAACCAGCAGCUAGAGAAGAGGAAUAUGACUGUGCGUGGUGAAGAUGAAGACGACUUGCCACCUAUGGAUUUACAGAAUGCUCCGAAGUGCUACGAGUGUGGGUCGGUGGACUUGGACAAAAAAAUGCUAGAAGUUUUCAACUGCAGGGUUUGCAAGAGUUGCAAAGAGAAGCAUCCUGAAAAAUACUCGUUAUUAACGAAAACGGAAUGCAAGGAGGAUUACUUUAUGACUGAACCAGAGCUUGCAGACUUGGGGUUAUUCAGGCGAAUAGUAAAAGAGAAUCCACACAGUGGCACGUUUUCUCGAAUGCAGUUGUUCUUACGAUAUCAAAUAGAAGAAUAUGCUUUCAAGAAAUGGGGGUCAUCGGACAACCUUGAUAACGAGUGGCUACGUAGAGAAGAGAUGAGGAAGAAUAGGCGUGAGAAGAGGUUCAACAACAAGUUGAGAGAAAUGAGGAAGAAGUUAAGAGCUGAGGAGUUAACUCGAAAUCUACGUUCACAGAGGGAUAAAAAGCACGUACAUGAUUGGUCAUUUCCGGAGCGAAAAAAACCAGUAGAUAAAGAGGAGGUGCCUGAAAACUCUUUUGUGAAAAGAUGUGUUGAUUGUGGCAUGGAGGUUGAAGAGAUUUUGAUGUUAUGAUAAGUUGUUUCUUUCUAUAACAGUAGUUGUAGUUAACAAUGGAAUGAACAAUUAUGGGUAUUAAAAAUAAUGC